AUGGGCUCGACGUUUCAAUCCCGGGGUCCGCCCUAUCAGUGCACCCGAAAACCCCAUACUAUACCCCCGUCAACGAUACUGGCGCCGCACUCGAUCCGGGCCCCGAAACGCCCACCCUCUUCCGACGACCCCAAAUUCUCAAUGUUACCCUGA